CACACCUGUGUAGGUAACCCUGAUCUAUCUUCAUACUCUCCAGAGCUUUACCACUUUAAGAAAAUUCAUUCUUCCAAAUUCAACAUGUCCUUCACAGUGCGAUCCUCAGUCGCCCCCCGCUCAUUCUCCAGUAUGAGCAUCUCCUCCGGGAUUUCAAUCCAGAGUGCCCUUCGCUCCGGCGCCGCCAGCAUGUUCACUGGGGCCGAUGGAAGGGGUUCCCGGAUCUCGGUGCCCAUUAUCCGGGCAGUUAGCAACAGUCUGAGCAGCUGUCUGGAUCUCAACGCUGGGAGCUCUGCUCUUCUCUGCAAUAAUGAAAAGGAAACCAUGCAGGGUCUCAAUGGGCGCCUGGCUGGCUACCUUUCCAAGGUGCGAGGACUGGAGGAAGCCAACAGCAGACUGGAGGAGCAGAUCAAGGAGGUCAUGUCGAGGAGAGCACCCACCGAAAGGGACUGGAGCGCCUACGAGAAACCGCUGACAGACCUCAGGAAACAGGUCAGCGACAUGGCUCUGGACAAUGCCAGGCUGGUCCUGCAGAUUGACAAUGCCAGGCUGGCAGCUGAUGACUUCAAAGUAAAGUGGGAGGCGGAACUGGCCAUGAGGCAGGGGGUGGAGCAGGACAUCGGUGGACUGCGCAAGAUCAUUGAUGACACAAGCAUUGGCCGCAUGCAGUUGGAGAACCAGAUUGAGUCCCUGAAUGAGGAACUGACCUUCCUCAAGAGGAACCACGAGGAGGAAGUGGCCAGCAUCCAAGCCCAGAUCUUGGACUCCAGUGUCUCUGUGGAGGUGGACGCCCCCAAGGGUGUGGACCUCGGUGAGACGAUCGCAGAGAUCCGCAGCCAGUAUGAGAUGGCUGUGCAGAAGAGCCGCGAGGAAACUGAGGUCUGGUACAAGAACAAGUUUGAGGAGCUGUCCACAGAGGUCACCCAGAACACAGAGGCUCUGCAGUCAGCCAAGAUCGAACUGAAUGACCUACUCCGGCAGAAACAGGGGCUGGAGAUCGAACUGCAGACAUUGCAUAACACGAACUGCUCGCUGGAGGACACACUGCACGAUGUAGAGAACCGCUACAACAUGGAAGUGAGCAAGCUGAAUGAGGCUAUCAGGCGGCUAGAGGAUGAGCUUGGGCAGGUGCGCACCACCACGGAACGCCAAGCCAACGACUACGCCAUCCUGCUCAACAUGAAGAUGAAACUGGAGGCCGAGAUUGCUACCUACCGGCGCCUCCUAGAGGGCGAGGAAGAGAGAGCUGAGCCACUGCUGCCAGUGAAUGCGGUCAUUCAGCUGCUUCCCCAUGUGAAUGACCUGCUUUCAGUGAGCCAAAAGACUGGGGUGAAGGAGGCAGUAACAGACUUCCUGGAAAGCAAGAGCCUCAACAGCACACUAUUAGGAGGGUGGUGGUGAUAAACCAGGAGCUUGUGGAUGGGAAGGUUGUUUCUCAGAAAGAGGAGGAGAUCGAGCAGUAAACUAACACAAGCCCUGCUCCUUCUAUGAUUAACCUCACAUGGGUUUAUUUAUUUUUUUAAUAAAUGCUUUUUACUGCCUCUGCGCAAGGCUAAUGUUAUGCUUAAACGGUAGUGUUUGCCUUUUUUAAAAUAACAUAAGUUUGAUAUGGUCAUGUUUCAGGUGUUUUUAUUCAUGUGUGCCGUGUUCUUAGCAAUAAAGAUGGGGUUCAACUGAUA